UUACGUUAUAUUUUUCAGGACAUAAGUCGCCAGAGGCUCAUGCGUCAAAAAACACGUAAUGUAACUUUCGUUUUUCAAACGCGAAGGUCACCCGGCUUGUCUGUGUAUCGAAACCUAACUCUGGCUUCUAUUCUUACGGUUAGUCACAACCUCAGUGUCAGCAAUUGCUUAGUUUCACGUAGUAGCUUUAGCUUGUGUUAGCUUUAGCCAAAGCUAAAGCCAUUUUGGUCUCGCUGGUUUGCCGUAGCAGAGUGCUGUCUCUUCGUGGUGGGGCACCUGUUGCCAUGGCUACUCCACUCACAGCAGGAUGUCGAGGGUGGAAGCUAACUGAACUUUAGAAAGACAAGAACAAACGGAAAACAAAAAAACACAAAUAUAGUUAUAGAGAUACAGAUGUUGAACAUGGCUACUUGCCUUGUCCCCGACUUCCCGGCCGUCAUGAUCGCCCUCGAGCAUUUAAAGGAACUGGACAAGCAGCUGAAAGAGGACGGGAUACCAUUCUCACCUGAGGCAAGCCUUCACCUGACAGAAAUAACGUCUGCUGUCACUCAGCUGGAGGUGGACCGGCGUGCUGCUCAUGAACAUUUAGAGGUUGAGACCAUAGAAAACAGCAAGCUGAGACAUCAAUCUAACAUCAUAAGGGAACGAAUGAGCCAGGAGAUCACGGCUGAUGUAGCAGCAGCCCGGGCAUCAAAUGCUGAGGAGAUAGAGCAGCUGCAAAAAGAGCUCGUCGCAGUUUCUCAGCUGAAGGAGUCCAUUGUAGAAAGACAGGAAGCCCUCCUGAGCCAAAAUGAAGCGCUAUACCCCGAGCGAGAGAAUGUGAAGGCUGAACACGACAAGGUUGUCGCCACUCUGAAUGAUCAAAUCACCUUGAAAUAUGGCUUGCAGUUGCACCUGGAUCGGACUCUGGAGCAGGUGGAGGAGCUUAAGUCCACCAUUGUCGUGGUCGAACGGGACAAAAUAACACUGCCGCAAAACAUGGCACUGGAACGAGAAGCAUUCACUGCGAAACGAGACAACCUGUCCAGAGAGGUGGACCAGGUCGAGGGGAAAAUUAAGCAGCAGAAGCAAGAGAUCAGGAGGAGCAGGAGAGAGCUGGAGACAGUUGACAACAAGAAACAUGAAACCAAUGAGCAUCUGGACGAGCUCACACUUCACAUGGCCAAGCUGGAGAGCGAGGUACAGAGACUGACGGCAUCUGUGUGCGAGUGCGAGAAACAGCUGGAGGGGGAGACCCAAAAACAUCAGGAUUUGAGGCAACAGAGACAAACUCUAAAGAAAGAGCUGUGUGAGUUACGUGAAACCCACAGCGUUGUCGUCCAGCAUCUGAAAGAGCAAAUUGCCACAGUGGAAGGUAAAAUAGAAGAAAGUCGAGCAUCGCGAUUGCUCUUUCAAGACUCCCUGGCUCAUAUCUAUGAGAUAUUCAAACACCAAUGUGAUGAAGAGAAUGAAGUGAAGGCAGAGUAUUCCCAUGUCUCGCAGCAGCUGGAGCAGUCCAAGCUGCAGCUGGAGGAGCGCAUUGCCUCCAUAGUCAAACUCAGCAAGGAGACCAAAGACAUGGACAGGCAGAUCGCAGAACUCCUGGAAGCCAACACGAUCAACAAGCGCAUAUUUGAGAGGAAUCAGGAGGAGAUGUAUGGCGACAUGGACACAGAGAAGAAGAACGUCAGCCAUUUUGAGGAAGAGAAGGGGCGGCUGACAAGGCUCUUGGAGAAGGCGAAGAGGAAGCAGGAGGAGCACGUGGCGAAAAUGACCUCUGAUAUUGGCAGCACCAGGAGGAGGUACCAGGAGCUUCAACAAGAGGAGGAUGCACUCCUGCAGCGGCAGCCCAAGAGUUCAGAUGCCGGCUUGCUGAUGAGUUACAUGGCCGAGUGUGAGGUGGAGUACAGACAAGAGGAGACCAGACACCAUCAAGAAAUGGAGCAGUGCACUGCGGCGACUGAGAGCAUUGUGAGGAGCAACGAGGAGAAGCAGAGGGAAGUGGAGGAGAAAGAGGAGAUGCUGAAGGAGGUGGAAGCAACGUGGGACGCAGAGGUGUCCAGGUACCAGAGACUGAAAAUGCUGACAUGUGAGCUGAUGAGAAAGAGGGACAAUCUGGAGGCAUCGAUUCAGGAGCUGAAGGAGAAAACCAGCUCUCUGCUACAGCCCAAAGAGAAAAUGAAGACUGAGCUGGGGGAAAUGCGAGGAAGUCACAUGGACUGGCUCAAGAAACAGGCGUCAGAGCUGAGAGCUGUGGAGAUAAGCAUCUAUAACAAUAGCAUGAAUCUGCAGGAGGUCAGCAUGGAGAACAGCAGGCUACAUCUUCAUAUCAGACAGAUGACAGAGGAUGUCAGCAGGGCGAGGGAGGACAAAGAGCGAUACUGGCAGGAGCUCCAGCAGUUCAGGCAGGACAUAUUGGCCUUGUUUGAGAGUUUACAGGAAGCAUGGAGAGAGGACAUGCUGCUAACUCAGGACUGUCAGAGCAGCGAUGGGGCUCUGUUGGAGUCAAUGAGCACUGUAAUAAACUUUCUGAAGACCAGGAGAGAGGAGUUAGGGAAUUUCAGCGCACUCCUGCACCACCAAAUGUUAGACUUCAGCAAACGACUGGGAGAUAAAACAACUGUAGAUUAGCAGAAUCGAGCUGAUAAGUGUCUUUAAUUCUGUGUUGCUAAGAGUAAAAUGUCCGCUGACCUGCAGUGUCUAAUGCGUAUUCAGUUAGACUGCAUGCAUGGGGCGCCGCUUAGCUCAGUUGGUAGCGCGCGUGACCCAUGUACCGAGGCUCUGCAGCGGACCUGGGUUCAACUCCCGGCCUGGGUCCCCCUGCUGCGUGUCACUCCUUGUCUCUUACCCUGUUUCCUGUCACUCUCUUCAGCUGUACUAUAAAUAAACCCAGAAAAAGGCCCAAAAAAUACUUAGGGAAAAAAAAACUCCAUACUCAGACUUGGUAUCAAUUCAUAAUAAAAACUUU